GAAUUUAUUGCUGGUUUUGUUGUAGAUCAUGUCUGAUUAGUCGGCAAGUGAUAGCAAAGCAGCGAGGUCCAACGCGAAUGAUACUGCAAAACAAAUGUUCUUGCCGGGAGCUCGGCUUGUAUUGGCGAUGCUCCGUGGUAUCUAGUGAAAUGGGCACCGAUAAGAAAGCCUUCGCUGUGAUGAGUCAGCAUAAGAAUGUAACUUAAAGUUAGGCUUUUUAGUAGCGAAUUGUUCAAUCAAAAUCGCGUUACGUGUUGUCCCUGGCGGAGGGACAAUUAUGUGGGUCAAAAGAGCACUUCAUCUUGGAGAGAUUAAGCUACGAGGGCAUUGGAUUAUGGACAACGGUCCAGAGAACUACCAACAACUGAUAAGAAUCGGCACCACUCAUAGACAAGUGUAAAGGCCCUGUGAGCAAUCACAUUUUGGAUAUCACUGCCCGCAAUGAACAUCCGUUUACCGAUAAACAGAUCUUUUUUAUCGUAAUCGAUUGAAGUUUUUAUCGUUGAUUAGCGUUUGGGCAUUCGCAAUAUGUUUGUUCGUUCGUUUGUUUGUUUGUUUAUGUUUUGAAAUGGAAAAUGGUGCAGCACUAUACAUCUAUCUGUCCGGUUCUGUCCAGCUGGGGACAUGGGACUCGCUGAAUGGAGCUCAACGUCACUGUUUGUGGUUGUGUUGUGCCCUUUCCUGCUCGCAUCACUACUGAUACCACACCACGAUGACGUACGACUUUACAUUUGCGAAACGAACACGACGACGAUGAUGACGAACGACCGCUAGACAGCCUCGAGUUCGAUCGAGUGUUAGUAGCCGGUAGUGCACUGGUAGUGGUGGCGGCAAUCGAUCGUACCAAACAACCGAGCGCGUUCACGCUGCAGUAGAACGAAAGUGCCCCGCACGAGAUUAGUCUUGAACGCACGUUUGGUGCGAUUAAAUCGAUUCGCGGACGGUUCUGCUAGACCGGCGCCCAGACGUUUCCAAAGGAAGUGGUCGUCGACAGUGACCGUGUGUGUGUGUGUGCGCGCGCGCGUGCAGGAGGCUUGCUGCUGUGUUUACUACCGUGGAAGUAAGAAAUGCCUUCUGUAACAACGACCUUCUGCAACAUCUGAUCGUACCACUACUACUACUACUACUGCUACUGGUGUAAUAUCGCUCAAUACAUCAAGGACAGUCGGGCACACGUACAACAGGACGAGAACGCCACAGCGAUGAGCUUCGGACAGCGCAAAAACUUUACCGUCCCGGUGGACGCAGAAUCGCCGGAAGCGCGAGACGAUGCCAAGUUGCUCCCGUUGGGACCGUUCGAUAAGAUACCGCCGAUCAUUAUCGAUGGACAGGAUCCGCCGAAAACACCCAUCACACCGACCACCCCGAUCAUCUACUGUCCCCAGUCUCCAUCGGUCGGCAGCAAGAGGAGCCGAGCGUUACGGCCGGGAACGACACGAAAGUACCGGAGACGGGCGAUUUUGAAGAAUGGCGACUGUAACAUUGUGCUCUCGAAGGUGUCCCGGCAGCGGUUGCGCUUUCUGCAAGACAUUUUCACCACGCUGGUCGAUGCUCAGUGGCGCUGGACGUUGCUCGUGUUUGCGUUCAGCUUCAUCGGAUCGUGGCUAUUUUUCGGAGCAAUCUGGUGGCUGAUCGCGUUCACGCACGGUGAUCUGGAGGAGAUGCAUCUACCGAAGAAUCAAGAGGAGUCUGGCUGGAAGCCUUGUGUGUUCAACAUCGAGUCCUACACGUCCGCGUUCCUGUUUUCGAUCGAGACGCAAACCACCAUCGGAUACGGUUUUCGGACAACGACGGAGGAAUGUCCGGAAGCGAUCUUCAUCAUGUGCUUCCAGUCGAUCUACGGCGUUAUGAUGCAGGCGUUCAUGGUGGGCUUUGUGUUCGCGAAGAUGACUCGCCCGAAGCAUCGAACACAGACUCUGCUCUUCUCGAAGCAUGCCGUCGUUUGCCAGCGCGAUGGUGAGCUGUGCCUGAUGUUCCGGGUUGGAGACAUGCGCAAGAGUCACAUUAUCGGUGCGAACAUACGGGCCCAGCUGAUUCGUACCAAGUUGUCCCGCGAGGGCGAAGUGAUGGCACAGUAUCAGCACGAGCUGGAAGUCGGGGCGGACAAUUGCGGUUCGGAUCUGUUCUUCAUCUGGCCCCAGAUAGUGACGCACAGGAUUGGUGCAGAAUCUCCAUUUUUCAACAUGUCCGCGUCGGAUCUGCUGCAGGAUCGGUUCGAGAUCGUGGUCAUCCUGGAGGGUACGGUAGAGUCGACCGGGCAAUCGACCCAGGCCCGCUCGAGCUACGUCAACACGGAGAUUCUGUGGGGCCAUCGGUUCGAGCCGAUCGUGUUUUACAAUAAGGAAAACCAGGUGUACGAGAUCAAUUACAGCAAGUUUAACGAGACGCACUCCGUCGAUACGCCGCUCUGCUCGGCUCGCGAGCUGGCCGAGUUCUACAAGUACCAGGACGAUUACCGCAACCAAGCCGAAGAUCAUCAUCUUCAAACGCCAGCGUAGAGUUUGUUAUCGUUUGCUACCUGUUGUUGCGUAUGUUGUGUGCUGUACCGUGCGGGUUUGUUUAGUUUUGCGCUUGCGCUGCGUAGUUGUACGAAUUGGCCUCGUUUUUCGGAAAGGUCCUGCUUUUGUGCUUUUGUUGUGCGAUCAUCGAUCAUGCGCCUGUAUGAAUCUCAUCCCCUCUCCAUCUCAUUUAACGCUCGCUCGUACUGUAUCGCUACUGUAAGUUAUCCUUUGGAACUGCUCGAAAAUGUGUCCCGAGUCUGGAGUGUGAUGAUAAUGCGAGUUUCUGUUCCACUUCCGCAACAGAUCAACUCGACACGGUUUCCUCGAAAUCGAUGUUCGAACGACGCUGGCACCAACACUACACCAACACCGUGCGAACGCUCAGUUCGAUCUGCCUGGAAGACGAACGAUCGUCGCUGGGCGUUCAGCCGCGCUACCUGACAAUCCAGGGUGUCCCGCGACGACCCCGGUCCUACCACCAGCUGGAGAGCAAUCUGCGCAAUCUCUUCAAUCCACCUUCGGUCCUAGUUUCGCCCUCAUCGACCAGCUCCCUCCGUGUAGACAGUCCGUAGCUCGGACGCCCACGCCUAGUCCCGUUCGACGCCCGACCGACCAAACGAUUCGGCAUAGUUACCAGCUGGCUUGCUUUUAGUUGUGUAGUGAUUAGGUUAACACACUCGCUAGGAUCCACUUUUUUUACGAUGGUUGCAUCCUAUGAAUCUGACCGUAACCGUAUCUGCUGCUAUUUAUGAUAAUCUUAGGCCGCGUAACGAUACUCCCUCAGGCAUCUCAGGCUGCGUUGUGUGAGCCUCCGGGCGCACGUAUAUGAAGAAGAAAAACAAAGUGAGAACAAUGAACCAUUCCCUGUAUUAAACGAGAUGCAUUACCACACAAAUUAAGCCAUCGAGA